AUGACUGAGACAACAUUUUAUAAGAAAGCCGCAAAAUACUGGGCUAAUGUACCUGCAACAAUAGACGGUGUACUCGGCGGCUUCGGCCACAUUACGGACAUUGACAUCGAGGGGUCCAAGAAAUUUUUUAAUUACAUAUUAUCACUAGAGCAACCACCGAAAACCAAUUUAGCCUUGGACUGCGGAGCCGGCAUCGGAAGAGUCAGCAAGAAUCUUUUGAUGCAUUACUUCGUGAAGGUCGAUUUAGUGGAACAAGACGAAAAGUUCAUUAACACGGCAAAACAAUUGCUUGGCGAAAACAAUGCUAAAUUGGGAACGUUGUACCAAAUCGGGCUUCAACAUCUUAAGCUACAAAAAAAAUACGACGUGAUUUGGUGCCAGUGGGUGCUUGGGCAUUUAAAUGACUAUGAUUUAAUUACAUUCUUGGAAAGAUGUAAUCAAGCGUUGACUGAAUAUGGCGUUAUUAUUGUAAAAGAAAACAUAGCACCAACAGAUGAAAUGGAAUACGAUGAUGAAGAUUCCUCUGUAACUCGUCCAUAUAAAUUAAUGGAGAAAAUAUUUGAGGACGCAAAUCUUCGUGUAAUCGCCAGUGAGAUCCAAAGUGGUUUUCCUGAUGAUAUUUAUCCCGUUCAUAUGUUUGCAUUAGCGCCCGACUCAGUAACACAAAAUGUAGCGGUACGUUCUAUCAAUUAA